ACUUGAUUAGCAUUGUUGCCAGCCACGCUUCUCUUUUUUUUUCUUUUGUCUGGGGCAGAUCUGUUUGCAAGGAGAGAGGCAGGGAGCUAGAAAGUGCACAGAGCUGUUGUGGAUCCCUAAUUAAAAGGAUCUGACUAAUUGGAAAGCUUCUGACUUGCAACCCCCCAAGCAUUUGGAAUAAGAUGAGCUGUUCUGCUGAAGCAAGGACUGAUCUUAAGAAACUUUUGUAAUCUUCUCUCACAAGAAACAGCAUGUGAAAAACCACUGAAGUCACGACUCCUCCAUGCUGCAUGGAUUAGGUUGAGUGGCCUGCGUUAUAGUGAUCAGUUUUAUAGAGCAGCCCGAGUUUGCUUGGCACAGAAUAAAUAAGAUGCAGUCCCUGCCCCCAAGAGUUCUCAAUAUAAGCUCCAAAUUUUACAAUCUGAACUAUGUGGGUGGACCCUUCUGCCCACGUGCAGCUCCAUUGAAAGCUAUGAGCGUAAGAAUCCACCUGUGCUGACCCAGCUGCAUGACUGAGACUUAAGACUAGAAAAAAGAGAGAGAAAGACAAGGGGAAAGGGGAUUGGCGCAACAAAAUGGAGAGUAAUUUGAAUAAUGUUAAUGUGGUUACUUAGGCUUGUUACAAAAGCAUCUUGGCAGCUUCUGCUUUAGUUACUGUAAAUUUUUGUUUGCAGUUAUGAGCAGAAUCUUCCUUACCCCUGGGAUCUUGCUAGAAACAGCAUGUCUCCCAUGAGGCUGUUCAGUAAGCAAAAUCUUAAACACAUGACUGACUUGUUAACAUUGCUUCUGCAACUGCGUUUAGCAUCUUUAUGAUGUUGCAUUUUCAUUUUUAUGGGGGACGGGGAAGGGUCCCAUGUUCUGGACUGACAUCUGGGCAGGAGGCUACAACAUUAAAGACGUCGGUAAUAGCAGAAGUGUCGGCGACGCCAUGAACAGUCGGGCUGGGUUUUGUUUGCUUCCCUUCUACUGGCCAGUUAAGCGUGGAAGUGUUUAAAGUAUUUGUUGGUCUAGUAGUUUUUCUCAUAGAACAGAAGUACGUGCCAGAGUGAAAGGUUAGAACAGUGCGGACUAUUUUAAACCUCCAAAGACCACCCAUGACAAAACUUCAGAAGAAUAUUCAAAGCUGCCUCCGGUCUAAGCCUUUGAGUUGUCAUGAGGCAUCUAUUUAAACUUCCAAACAUGCAGGAAAACGGGGCUUUGGAUCUGCAGGUGCUCAACUUCUCUGAAAAUUUGGCCUAAAAUCUCCGCAGAUGCCAUGAUGCAAAGGCCAACCUUGACCAUUGGGUCUUCGAUUUUCCCCAUGAAACUCGAAGGGUCCAAGUGCAAGGGGCAGCUUCUGAUAUUUGGAGCAACCAACUGGGACCUGAUUGGCCGGAAAGAAGUGCCGAAGCAGCAAGUGGCUUACCGUAACCUGGGCCAGAACUUGUGGGGGCCUCACAGGUAUGGGUGUCUCUCAGGGAUUCAAGUACGGACUGUGGUUUCGGGACCAUGUGCAGCUCAUAGUCUGCUCAUCACCACAGAGGGGAGGCUCUGGAGCUGGGGUCGUAACGAGAAAGGGCAGCUGGGGCAUGGAGAUACCAAGCGCGUGGAGGCUCCCAAACUCAUUGAAGUUCUCAGCAACGAGGUGAUCGCAUCAGCAGCUUGUGGGCGGAACCACACACUCGCUCUGACAGAGAGUGGCUCUGUAUUUGCAUUUGGAGAGAACAAGAUGGGACAGCUUGGUCUCGGCAAUCAGACGGAUGCAGUUCCGAGUCCCACUCAGAUAAUGUACAAUGGCCAACCUAUUACCAAAAUGGCCUGUGGGGCUGAAUUCAGCAUGAUAAUGGACUGCAAAGGAAACCUCUAUUCCUUUGGGUGCCCUGAAUAUGGACAGCUGGGGCACAAUUCUGAUGGGAAGUUCAUCGCCCGUGCUCAGAGGAUAGAGUAUGACUGUGAGCUGGUGCCCCGACGCGUUGCCAUCUUCAUCGAAAAGACAAAAGAUGGGCAGAUCCUUCCUGUCCCUAACGUGGUCGUGCGAGAUGUGGCCUGCGGUGCUAACCACACGCUUGUUUUAGACUCUCAGAAGCGUGUGUUCUCCUGGGGCUUUGGUGGGUACGGGCGGCUGGGCCAUGCCGAGCAGAAGGACGAGAUGGUGCCACGGCUGGUCAAGCUCUUUGACUUCCCAGGCCGUGGGGCGGCUCAGAUCUAUGCCGGCUACACCUGCUCCUUUGCUGUCAGCGAAACAGGUGGUCUGUUUUUCUGGGGAGCCACAAACACCUCCCGUGAGUCAACCAUGUACCCCAAAGCUGUGCAGGACCUCUGUGGCUGGAAAAUCCGCAGCUUGGCCUGUGGGAAGAGCAGUAUUAUAGUGGCUGCAGAUGAGAGCACAAUCAGCUGGGGCCCAUCUCCGACCUUCGGUGAACUGGGCUAUGGAGACCAUAAACCCAAAUCCUCUACUGCAGCCCAAGAGGUGAAAACCCUAGAUGGAAUUUAUCCAGAGCAGGUGGCGAUGGGCUACGCCCAUUCUUUGGUGAUAGCCAGGGACGAAAGCGAAGUGGAGAAAGAGAAGCUAAAGAAGCUGCCCGAAUACAACCCACGCACCCUCUGAUAAGGCCAGGGCCCUGCGCCCCUGCCAUGGCAGCUGUCAUUUCCAAUGUGCACUGGGACCGAAAGAGAUUGCAGAUCGGCAUCGAGACCUGACCGAAGCUUUUUGUUAGACUUUCCGAGGUUCAAUUUUAUAAGCGAUUCACAGUUUUAACUACCUGUUACUAUAUCAUUUCCAAAGUGUUCGGUUCUUUUAAACGUUUGACAUUUGCUCCUGGCUCACGAGCUCCCAUUCCAAUGAAAAUGGCAGGACCUUUUGGCAUAUAAACCCCACGUACUUUGGUGAGCAGCGGAACAGCUGCUGACGCGUAAGCAUGGCCAGAUGGCGCUUGUUGCAUUGAAUUGAGGAGAAUCCCAGCUGCCACCAAGAGCUUGGGGGAAGAUUUGGAGAGGCACAAAUGGCACGUGAGCACCCAAUUCCCAUUGCCUUUCAAUGGAAGUUUAGACCCCAAUAGCCCUGUGUGCCUUUGAAAAUCUACCCCGAGUGUCUAUGGGGCCAUCUCUUUGGUGAAGUCAACUACUGAGAUCUCUUUCCAGAAGCAAAUUUACAUUCUCAUCUCUCUAGUUUUAAUGUGCUGGUCCCUGUUCUGUGUGAGGAGUGUCUAACAUAAGCCCCAAGGAGCGAGUAUCCAGCUGUGUAACCCCUUGGUAGAUUAAGCUGCGGGACUCUGGCUGCCACCUAUUUCAUGGCUGUUUCAUAAGCGUUGACCUUUUUGUGUGAUUAAUUGUUUUCAGAUUAAAAACCUCCAUCGAGACAAAAACUA